AUGCCUCGUCGACCGCUCGCGUCUCCGCGCGAGCGCGGCCGGCGUCGAUCACCCGUCGCCGGAUCACGCGUCAUCGCGUUCGUGGCCGCCGUUGCGGUCGCCGCAUUCGCCACCGCGCGCGCCGAGGGCACGGGAUCGACGUCGAGCGCAACACCCACUCAACGCGUCGCCUCCGCGGACGCCUCCACGACGCGUCUUCGCGCCGAUUUCGUCACCGAAGACGUCGCUCGCGCCGUGGAUGUCAUAGCGUACGAGGGUCCGGCGUACGCGGGGUGUUGUCCGAACGUGGACGGCGAACACUUGGCGUGUUGCGCCGCGGGCGGAUGCUGCCCGAACACCGAGCCCGGGGGCGGAUACGGGAAACACCUGGCGUGCUGUGAGAGUAAGGGCGGGAGUGAGGCGCAUAAUCGCGCGGCCUCGAGGGUGUGGUACUCGGGACCGUCCUACGACGGGUGCUGCCCGAACGCGGAUGGAGAGAACUUGGCGUGCUGCGGCGAGAGCAAAGGGUGUUGCCCAUCGGACGGGAGCGUGCGACUCGGGUGCUGUCCGAGAUUAGCUACGGAGGGCGAGGCGGAGGAGACGGUGGAAGACGAUGUGUCGGUGGAGGAUGCGUACGAUGCCGAUGAUUUGGAGGAGAAGCGCCAAGCGCGCGCUGAGAGGGUGUGGAGACGCGAGAGGAACUGGGACGGAGCAAGCGGCGCUUCCUCGUAUGGCGAAAAAGCUGCCGAUGAGCGGAACGGUGAGGAAGGCGUCGAGUCGACGAUGUAUUUACAGCUCGCGGCUGGAUUAUGCGUCGUCGUGUGGGCCGUUGCGCUCGCGGCGGGGACGUUUUACUCUCGUUCAGAUGGGCGUGGCGAAGACGAAGAAGACGCGCGUCUAGUGCCCGCGGACAGGCGGCGACGACGCGCGUACGCCGGUUUCUGA